AUGACCAACAUUUACCGGUCGCAUUAUCCAGAUCUAGACAUCAAAUCGCAAGAUCUGAUCUCUUACAUUUUCUCCAACCCAUACAACACUCCUCAUGAUCGACCCAUUUACAUCGAUGCGCAAACGGGGAAGCAAUAUACAUACGGAGAGGUGAUUCAACGCACUCGCUCUCUAGCAUACGGGCUGCAACAAAGUUUCGGUCUCCGAAAGGACGAUGUCAUAGCUUUGUUCAGCCCAAAUAGCAUCGAGUAUCCAAUUGCAUGCUAUGCGAUCGUGGGUUCUGGCGGUCUCGUGGCCCCAACUAGCGCUGCUUUAACAGCGCUUGAGUUGAAUGCACAGCUGAAAACAAGUGGAGCCCGCUUCGUCAUCGCGCAUUCAACGCUGCUUGAAACCGCUCGGAAGGCAGUAAAAGGAACAGCCGUUGAAAAGAUCAUUCUCCUAGAUGGGCCAUAUCCUGUCGAUGGUCAGGCGACAUGCGAGCAUCUCGCGAGCACAUUUCCCGAGGGUACUCUUACGACAGUUUCCCCCGCCGACGCUGCCAAGAGACCCGUCUUUAUUUGCUUUUCUUCUGGCACAUCAGGACCAGCCAAGGGCGUCGUCUCCACCCACCAGAAUAUUGUCGCCAAUCUCCAUCAAUGGCGAGCUAUCAUGUUCGAGACUGGUUCCCCCUCACAAAGACCACAGCGGCACACCGCCGUCGCGUUCCUGCCAUUCAGCCACAUUUUUGGUCUUAGUCUGUAUAUGUGCCAGUGCAUGGCCUGGGGCACUUCGGUCGCGGUUCUCGCCAAAUUUGAUCUUGACAUGUACCUCGGAUGCAUCGAAAAGUAUCAGCCUGACGAGCUGGCAUUGGUGCCUCCAAUUGCCCUAAUGCUAGUGAAGGAUAAGCGGGUCGCCAAUUACAAUCUUCGCAGUGUGAAGCGAGUCAUGUCUGCGGCUGCCCCUCUCACCAGUGAACUUGCCGCGGCCCUGGAAGCCAAAUUCCAAACCUUGUUCCAAACAGAGGUGUUUAUCACACAGUCUUGGGGUCUUACCGAGACCUCUCCUUUGGCGACUGGCAUUCCCAAUGACAGAAUGGAUAAGCGCGGAUCGGGCGUCGGAGUCAUCGCACACAACAUGGAAUUCCGAUUCGUGGAUCCUGAGACUAUGAAAGAUGUAGUUCCCAACGCCGAUGGGUCGACUCCCUCGGGAGAGAUCUGGUGCCGGGGACCGAACGUGACCUCGGGCUACUAUAACAAUGAGGAGGCAACCAAGAGCGCCUACCACACUGAGCCUGAUGGAAGCAAAUGGUUCCGUACUGGUGACAUUGGAGCCAUCGAUAAGGAGGGGUAUAUCGCUAUUCACGAUCGCAUCAAGGAGAUGAUCAAAUACAAGGGUCUUCAGGUCAUUCCCAGUGAGCUGGAGGGGAAAUUGAUUGAGCACCCCGAUAUUGAGGAUGCAGGCGUUGUGGGCAUGUGGGCUGAUGAGAAAGCCACGGAACUUCCUGUUGCUUUUGUGGUCCUUCGUCAGCAGGCAAAGUCCAAUGAUGUGAAAGCCGUCACCGAGAGAAUUAACUCAUGGUUGAAUCCGAAGAUCGCGAAUCACAAAAGACUUCGUGGUGGUAUCUUUGUUGUAGAUCAAAUCCCGAAGAGUCCCAGUGGCAAGAUUCUGCGACGACAACUCAAGGAUUUACUCAAAAGCAAAGCGCCAAAGGCUCAGUUAUAG